GGACCUAACGAGUGAAAGGCGGACCAUGUUCUUGAUGCAUUCCACCUUCUCUGGUCUUCCUCCGUCACUGAUCUCUUCGGUCUCAUCAGGCCGUCACAGAAAUCCUAUUAUUCACCAUCAACUUCCCCAACAUCGUCUCAGAAACCCCAACGCUUCUACCUUCAAAGUUACUUGUUUUGCGGCUCUAUCAUUCGAUGACAUCGUUCAAUUAACCCAUAACAAGGUUCUGAUUGCAGCUGGUGCUUCUGCGGCAAUUGGGCAGAUUUCGAAGCCCUUUACCUGUGCGUUUCUAUAUCGGAAAGAGUUUGAUAUCAAGGCGUUUAUUCAGGCUGGAGGGUUUCCAUCAACACAUUCAUCCGAGCACAGGAAAUAUUUUUAUCCACAAAUAACGAAUUUUCAUUUCAUUCCAUGUGGCAAAUAAACCCUAACUUACCCAAUGGAUAGAGGGUCGAAACUCUUAAAAGUAGCUUAGCUCAGAACAUGGCAAAAGCUUUGGCUAUGGAUUCUGGCCCAUGGCUGGCUGAACGAACUAUUCUGUAACUCUCUUGAGAGAGAGAAGGCCAGCUUAAAGCUUUGAAAAUUCACUUUUCUCAGGCCCCUAGUCAUAAAAGACCAAUGCUCACUGAAAAGACCAAGUCUGAGGCUAAAUAGGCGCAUAACAAAUCAAGAAUUUUUUUAUUAGUUUGCCCUAAAAGGUAUAUACUUGUCAUAUUUCAAAACAGAAAAUUCUGAUAGCAAAAACCUAAUAAAAACUAUACCUGAGUUUUGUUGUUAUCCAAGUUUUAUCUACAUCACUUGAAUGGUUGAUUAUUAAUGAUCCUGUUGGGGCUUUGG